UUUUUUCCUUUUUUUUUUUGCCCUGGUGGGUACGGGAGCCGAGUGGGGACCAGCUGGUUACGCAGCGGCCGCGGGUCUCCACCCGAGAGUAUGGCGGCUGGGAUUUCACCGGAGAACGAGGGAGAGAGCGAGACAUGCGAGAGAUGGUGAAAAAGAAACAAAGGUCGUAUCAGUUUGACUUUUUGCUUUUCAUCCUGAGGCGGUCCCGUGCUUAAGAAAUCGUGUAUGCAGUUCAUUCCAGGGGCUAACCCAGCGAUUUCCCAGUGUCCUCGAUGGAGCAAGUUUGUUUUUUUUAUGAUGCUCAGAGAGGGGUGAGCUAAGCAGAUGAAACGGACCACAUCUCAUCGAGCGGUGAUUUCUUCUUCUCUGUGCACAUCUCGGACAUUUACAGCGCUCGGAUGUCCAUGUAGCUGUCAGUGAGUGGCCUGCAUGGGGGAAUUUCUACAAUGAAAUCCAUCUUCGGGCAGCGACUCUUUGUGCUCUGCUGUAGCUGAGCAGCAGCCAGCAGGACCGUGUUAUUGACAACCCGUUCAAAAUGGGACACGAAUGGUGAAUGUGAUUCGUGUGGGAACAUUUUGAAGCUCAUUUCAAUGACGCGCGGAGACUGAACCCCCAACCACUUGAUUUGAUCCACGAUGCGCGAGUAUAAAGUGGUGGUCCUAGGCAGCGGUGGGGUCGGGAAAUCCGCCCUCACUGUGCAGUUCGUCACCGGGACGUUCAUUGAGAAGUACGACCCCACUAUAGAGGACUUCUAUCGCAAGGAGAUCGAGGUGGACUCCUCACCCUCGGUGCUGGAGAUCCUGGACACGGCUGGUACCGAGCAGUUUGCCUCCAUGCGGGACCUGUACAUCAAAAACGGUCAAGGAUUCAUACUAGUCUACAGCCUGGUCAACCAGCAAAGCUUCCAGGACAUAAAGCCGAUGAGGGAUCAGAUCAUAAGAGUGAAAAGGUACGAGAAGGUUCCUGUGAUCCUGGUGGGGAACAAGGUGGACCUGGAGAGUGAGAGGGAGGUAUCGUCCAGCGAAGGCCAAGCCCUGGCAGAGGAGUGGGGCUGCCCGUUCAUGGAGACCUCGGCCAAAAGCAAAACCAUGGUAGACGAACUAUUCGCUGAGAUCGUUCGGCAGAUGGACUAUGCCGCCCAGCCAGACAAGGACGACCCCUGCUGCUCCUCUUGCAAUAUACAAUAGCCCUGAAGGGGGGGCGUCCAGGAACAGGCCGGGGGGGGGGGAUGUCUACCAAGAGGGAGCAGGAUGAAAACACACUUAGAGACACACACAUGCACAUGCCAAUUAAACAGGAGGUCAAUUUGUGGUUGUGCUCGAUGGAUUUGAACUCUUUGGAGCCUAAAAUCAGCAGAGACGUGAUUAUUAAUAACACCACGUGAGUCAUGAAGAGGAAUGCCAGGAAUUUGCCACUAGAGAAUUUGACAAAUGACAAAAAAUGAACGUGCACUCGCCUUAUGUUACUCUCUUCUGUUGCGUCUGGGUUUGUUUUAUCCAUUGAGUUUGUAGGAGUGAAUCAUCUGCAAAGAAUCACACAUCAGGAUCUUUAUAUGCUGCUCCACAAUCUGCUAACAAAGGAGGGAAAGAAGGUCCGUUUUCUGUCUGUAUUACGAGCAAAUUCAAAACAUCAUGAUGCAUUUUGUUGUAACCACGACUUCAUUAGUUACUGUGCAUCAGUCUCAUAACAUAUUUCUGGGGUCCAGUUGUUUUACAUACUGAUGAGUAUUAGAUGUGUGCAGUGAUUAGAGGGAGGGUUUUUCUACUCAUUACAGGGCUCAACCAAAGAGGUGACCUGACAGCGCCUCCAUUUUCUUAUUUUUUUGUGUUGUUCAAAAAAAGGAGUUGAGAGAAAAAGGUGCAGUGUCUUUCCUCUUUUCUAAUGUGAAGAUACAAACGUAAACAUAGCAGUCUUUUACAUAUCGUGUGAUGUUUUGUUUUUUUUCUCUCUCUCUCUCUCUCUCGCUCUCUCUCUCUCUCUGGGAGAUUCUUGUUGACAGAUUGCCCGGUUAUAAUAUAUCCAACUGCUUCAUCAUGACAAGACAAAGAGUUCAUCUUUUCAGUGUUUUGAAAUGUCUACAGCGACUCUUUUCAGGAACAUUUAAAGUGAAGUUGCCAACAUUUGUCAGCCUCAGCAUUUUAUUUUUCUCCUCCUGGUUUUACGAUGACACGGGGUGCUUAACGAUUGAACAUCCUGAUCCCAUCCUUUCUGUGCUUUGAGUGUUCAGACCCAUAGAAUCAAAUAGUAAAGACGAUGACGAUGAUGAUGAGGUAAUUAAUGGUAGUGUAAAUAUUUUGUAUUGAAGUGCCAGCUCCUAUAAGACACUGACUCAACACAUGUGGAAAUGUCAACUGUAUGCAUGGCUAGUAAACAAAAAAAAAGGACUCUUACUUAUUAUAGGCUGUGGAAACGUGCAAACCAAACACAUACACGUCUGGACAUCUGGACACUGUCUCAACUGUACAUCUGUGUUUCCACGGGACGGCAGACUUUACCCGUGUGACCAUUUUCAUUGUUGAUUUUAUAUUUUUUUAUGUGACCAUUUACUCUUUAUUCCCUCUCUGAAUGGUGACACUGUUACAUUUGACAGCUGAACAAUAAAAGUGUGUUCAACACUCGA